AUGUCUCUUACUGGAUCGUAUUCCUGCGCGAAUGUCUCCGCGCCUACUACACUGAGUAUCACUUCCGCUACAGCUUGUGGAGUACUAACGGUUACAGCUAUAACUGGAAAUAUCCUGGUUCUUCUGGCCGUCAUUAUUGACCCAAAUCGCAAUCUUUGCUCGCCUUUUAACUUCUUAGUAGCCAAUCUAGCUGCCGCAGAUUUGAUAGUUGGUUGCUUUGCGCUGCCGAUGUCCGUGGAAGCCUACACUCUCGAGGCAUUGGGUCUUUGGAAGCUCACUCCUCGAGUUCAUGCAAGGCGUGUUUUGUAUUUCAUAUCUUGCACUGCGUCACUGUUCAGUUUGGCCGCCUUAACGGUGGAUCGAUUCGUUGCUAUUACUUACCCGAUAAAAUACCGAAUUAAGCUGAAUUCUCGUCGAACUGCACUGAUUUCCCUCGGAUUAUGGAUAAUCUCAAUUUUGUUUCCAUUUCUGUAUUUCAAGGUUGGCUAUUUGAAGUAUCAGUUCGUCUUCGCAAACACAGCGGUAGUGUCUACAUUCGCCGUACUUUGCCUGACUUACGUUAAAGUCUUUCAGAACUUCAAAGAGCAAAUUAAGAAUUGGGACUCGCUGCACAGCGGCCCAGACAAUGAAAAUCACGCGAAGAUGAGGACAAUCAAAUGGGAGAAGAAGGUCACCAAAACCUUUCUAAUUAUGUUAGUACUUUUUAUUAGCUGUUUCUUUCCUUCACUGGUCAUGAUCUACGUUAUAAGUUUUUGUGGAACCUGUAACUGUAUAUUCAUUCACUGGGCAAGAGAUUUUAACUACGUUUUAACCAUGGCUAAUUCCAGCAUAAAUCCUUUUGUGUUCGCUUGGCGUCUUCAACCCUAUCGGAAGGCUUUCACAGCAAUUUUAACUUGUCGAGGGGUCGUAAGAAAACUGCGUUCGCUGUCAGAGCAGAUGAACAUUUCUAUGAAUUCACUAGGUCCACAUUCGCAGAAUAGAGGCAAUGGAGCGGGGUAG